AUGGUCGGCCCCUCAACUUCUCAGCAGCUACGCAGCCUCUACCUCGCCCGCGCCUCGAAGAGGAAAAACCAGCCGCGAAUCCCUAAUGAGUUUUGGGAAAAGCAUCUAUGGACGGCGUGUCAGCUCUACGCCCGUGUGACCGUGGACGAGGUUGUGGAAAUCGCUCAAAAGGAGUGGGGAUCCUCUGCCAAAGUGCAAUCCGAGUACAGCCGCCGCCAGUUUACCCAUCGAUUCAAUUCGAUAAAAGUUUACAAGAACCACGGCACCAAAGGUUCCAAGCGCAGCACCGAUCAGCAACUCUGUCCUGCCGAUUUCCACCUUGCGAUAUCGGAUUACCCCGAGGCUUUCAACAUCUACUUUAAGCAGCUCGGUAAAUGCACUUUACCAAAGCACUUCCUAGGUCUCUUGAUCAACUGCGCGAGGAGCUGCGAUCUCGAGCCGGAUGCCCACAAGCUGCAAGAGCUCAUCGCAAAAUAUAUCAUGGAUUCCGGCCCGAACCCAGACGAAGAAACCUCCCGAUUCAUCUCUGCCCUACACCUACUGGACGGGUACAUUGACAAGAAGAUGGGCCGCUCUUCUCAAAUCUUCGCUGAGAAGAUGGAUAGAGGGCUCCGCGGCCUGCUGGACGACCAAGGCUGCUUGAGGUUGCCGGAAACCCUCUCUGCCGUAGUUGAGGUGCCUGUCCUUAUCCUGUUGAGCCUCGGAGUUGGCAUCCACGAGGAUAGGGCGGAGGCUGGGACCUUGGAUAUGGAUCUCGAGUCUGUCGAUUAUUUCAGCGGCGAUCGCGGGACCUUUGGCCAUGAAUGGGAGGACUACGGGGAGGAUGGCUCUGCCAUGUUCACGGCGUUCGCGGCGACACGGACCGUAUUUGACAAGGGCAAGAUUCACCAAAUGCUAGCAGGGAAACUAAACCGCGCGCAAGAGCUUGCGUGCGAGGAUGCCAUAGUGAAAUGUGUCGACUGGGCCAUCAAGAAGCUCUCCGAGGCUCCCAGUGAGAUGAUUCCCGAGCAUCUUAAUCUCCUGUAUGAGUCUCUGGCUGCUGCGCAGGACGGCAAGGACUCUACGUCGAAGACGUGGACCUGCUUCAUCUACCUCUACUGCUUCCUAUAUAUGCGAUAUUAUGAGGAAUUCAGUGGCAAACCCUGCGAUUGGUCCAACCACGCUUUCAAGUACUGCGGCAUCAGCACGCCCGUCCUCAUCCACAUCCUGGGGUCCCUGGUUAUGCAAGCCCCGGACAAUGCCCCGGCGCACGAUCAAGGCCUGGAAUCGGCCUUUGGGUCGCGCGAGAGCCUCUUCACCUUCCUCUGUGACCGGGCCAAGGCUUUCAGGCAGGAGGAAAGGCCCUUUCUCCACUUCUUGGACGAGUACCAGUACCUCAUCACUCACAUUUACACGCCCCAAGAACGCGACUAUAUGCAGUGCGUUUUUAAGCACACCAGGUCCUUUGGGCGGUCGUUGGGGUUGACAGUCGCAGGCAUGGAAGUCUCAGACCCAGACAUUGAACUCGAAGAAUAA